AUGGAUCCGCUCAACCACACGUGGACCCAGAGUUUCAUCCUCUCUGGUUUCAGUGUCCCCGGAACCCUGCGACCUCUUGCCUUCUUGGGGACGCUGUGCCUCUAUCUCCUCACACUGUCCGGGAACCUGUUCAUCGUUGUCCUGGUCCAGGUGGAUGCUGGACUGUCCACACCCAUGUACUUCUUCAUCGGUGUCCUCUCCUUCCUGGAGCUCGGGUACGUCAGCGCCACGGUGCCCACGCUGCUGCACACGUGGCUCCGUGGGCGCUCAGCCAUCUCGGCAGCGGUGUGCUUCAUCCAGCUGUACGUCUUCCACUCCCUGGGCAUGACCGAGUGCCAUCUGCUGGGCGUCAUGGCGCUGGACCGCUACCUGGCCAUCUGCCGCCCGCUCCACUACCGGGCACUCAUGACCAGAAAGGUCCGGUUCUGGCUGGCAGGGGCCGCUUGGGUGGCUGGCUUCUCAGCGGCACUGGUGCCAGCCAGCCUCACAGCCACCCUACCCUUCUGUCUGAAAGAGGUGGCCCACUACUUCUGUGACCUGGCACCGCUGAUGCGGUUGGCGUGCGUGGACGCAGGCUGGCACGCUCGAGUGCACGGGGCGGUGAUUGGUGCGGCCACUGGCUGCAACUUCGUGCUCAUUUGGGGACUCUACGGGGGCAUCCUGAGGGCCGUGCUGAAGCUGCCCUCGGCUGCCAGCCGGGUCAAGGCCUUCUCCACCUGCUCCUCCCACAUGAUCGUGGUGGCCCUCUUUUAUGCCUCCGCCUUCACGGUCUAUGUGGGGCCACCUGGGAACCGCUCUGAGGGCACAGACAAGUGUAUUGCCUUGGUGUAUGCCCUUCUCACUCCUCUCCUCAACCCCAUCGUCUAUACCCUUCGCAACAAGGAAGUGAGGGAGGCCGUGAAGAGGGUCACUGUCAGGGUCAGGACUAUUCUGAAGGGACCCUGA